GGCGCUUCCCUUUUAGGAAACGAAGAUCACGUUCCGUUGAAUCAGAAUUGACCCACAAUCACGAGACAUCCCACCGCCCGACAGAAGUCAAAGGUGAGUGGUCGUCGGACUUUGAUCGCCGGACUUUGUGAAAUAAUAACUGUAGCUGUUUUUUUCCCGGCGAUUCCAUUCAAAAUGAAGAGUAGAGGGAAAUCAGUCUUCGGGGGAUGGUGGAACCUAGGCUUGCCUUCCGUAUUUCUCUUAUGUCUCUUCUUCUUCCUCCUCGGAUUAUUCGCUUCUGCUCUCUUCUCUCAGCAGGAUGUACCUAAUGUAAGGUCGAGGGUGCUUGAAUCUGUUGAUCUGGAGAAGGACUUUGAUGCCUUGCCUACCGGUGUGACCGGAGAUGAUUCCUUCACUUCCAUCCCCUUUCAGGUUUUAAGCUGGUUCCCUCGUGCAUUAUACUUUCCCAAUUUUGCAUCUAUAGAACAAUGCCAGGGCAUAAUUAAGAUAGCAAAGGCAAGUUUGGAACCAUCAUCCUUGGCUCUUCGCAAAGGAGAAACAGAAGAGACCACCAAAGGAAUUAGAACGAGUUCUGGCACGUUUAUUAGUGCAUCAGAAGACAAAACUGGAAUCUUGGAUCUUAUUGAGGAGAAAAUUGCAAGAGCGACAAUGAUCCCCAAGACACAUGGUGAGGCGUUUAAUGUUUUGCGGUAUGAAAUUGGGCAAAGAUAUCAGUCACAUUAUGAUGCUUUCGAUCCUGCUCAAUAUGGCCCUCAGAAGAGCCAAAGGGUUGCAUCCUUCUUAUUAUAUUUAUCCGAUGUUGAAGAAGGUGGGGAAACUGUGUUCCCUUUUGAGAGCGCACAGAACAUGGAUGGUAACUAUGAUUACAGCAAGUGUAUUGGUUUGAAAGUGAAGCCACGCAGAGGGGACGGACUUCUAUUCUACUCACUGCUUCCAAAUGGUACAAUUGAUCUGACCUCACUUCACGGUAGCUGUCCAGUAAUAAGAGGAGAAAAAUGGGUGGCCACCAAGUGGAUCAGGAAUAUAGAUCAGGACGAGUAAAUGUCUGUACACUAAAGUGUUGUUCAUUAUGUAUUUGUAGUAAUUUAACCGGAGUGAAGAAAACAGUUUUGGAGUGAAUAGAUUUAUAGAAUGUGAAUUUAUUGUAUCCUUUCCAGUUCUUCA